CCUAGAUUCAUUUAAAAUGAAAUACAUUGUUUUGACUUUUUUAAUCUGUUAUUUGAGUGGUUUUCAUUCUGCUCAACAAGUGGGUGAUAAAAAAGAAUGUAAACCUAACGAAGUAAAUGCUUGCGCUCCAUGUCCUUGCCCAGAACCAACCUGCCAAAUUCCAAAACCGAAGUGCCCUACGGAUGUUGCUUGUCUUCAAGCCUGUUUGCCAUUCUGUGCGUGCAAAGAAGGCUUCCUAAGAGAUAAUUCGACUGGAAUAUGUGUACCCAAAGAAAAAUGCAAAUAGAGCAAAUAGUGAAAAGUGAGGUUAAAUGUGUUCUGUUUCCAAAAUUUAUGUUACUUCAUUUUCCUAAUAUUGAGAUUUGUUAUUUAAGUUUUGAAAUAGACACGGAAAUAUAACACAUUGCAAAUGAUAUACAAAUGCAAUUCGUACAUUUUUAAUAUUUCUAUCACUUAAGUAUCA